AUGAACACCACGAUAAUGAGCACCACCAGCGUAAUCGAUUACGCGCGGAAGGCAAGCCCGGACGACUCGAUGAUCCAGAACUGCGAGGCGGACCUGCCGAUCGUAUCGCUGGUCAAUCAGAUCCUCUACUCCAUCGUCUGUAUCGUCGGUCUCCUCGGGAACACUCUGGUGAUCUACGUGGUGCUGCGGUUCUCCAAGAUGCAAACGGUUACGAACAUGUACAUCGUGAACCUGGCGAUCGCCGACGAGUGUUUCCUCAUAGGGAUACCGUUCCUGGUCACCACGAUGAGCCUACGCAGUUGGAUCUUCGGGAAGAUCAUGUGCAAGGCUUACAUGACCACCACCAGCAUCAACCAGUUCACCAGCAGUAUUUUUCUGUUCAUCAUGAGCGCGGAUCGUUAUAUUGCCGUCUGCCACCCGAUCUCCUCCCCAAAGUUACGCACGCCGUUCAUCUCGAAGAUCGUCUCGCUGACCGCCUGGGCUACCAGCGUACUCUUCAUGAUCCCGAUAUUCCUUUACGCGAACGCGAUGGAGACCAACAAGGGCAUCUGCAACUGCAACAUCUACUGGCCCGACGAACGCGGCGGUCACACCACCUUCACCCUCUACACCUUCAUUCUGGGCUUCGCCAUACCGCUGGUGCUCAUUCUGAUCUUCUACUUUCUGGUGAUCAGGAAGCUGCAAACGGUGGGACCAAAGAACAAGUCGAAGGAGAAGAAACGGUCCCAUCGCAAGGUGACCAAACUGGUGCUGACCGUGAUCACCGUCUACGUCCUGUGUUGGCUACCCUACUGGCUGACCCAGGUGGCUCUGAUCUACACGCCGCCCAAGCAAUGCCAGAGCAAGAUCACGAUCACCAGCUUCCUGCUGGCCGGGUUCCUCAGCUACAGCAACAGCGCGAUGAACCCGAUCCUUUACGCGUUCCUCAGCGACAAUUUCAAGAAGAGUUUCCUGAAGGCGUGCACGUGCGCCGCCGGGAAGGACGUGAACGCGACGCUGCACAUCGAGAACAGCGUGUUCCCGCGCAGAAACAAGGCGAGCGCCGAUAGGCUUCAAUCGAACCGACUGGUCGUGUCCGGGCAAUCCAAGCUGGAGCUGGAGGACGAGGACGUCGAAAGGGGACUGUUGAUCAGCAAGACGUCCACGACGACGGUGACCAUGACGUCACGGUCGAACAUCACCAUAGGGAACGACGCCAAGGAUCAGGCGCAGAGGGACAGGGAUUCGUUGAAGAACGGUGCUCAGCUGACCUUGCUCACGCAGGUAUAA